AUGGGAUUUCUUUAUCUACGACUAAGGGACUCCAUCAGACGAGAAGACGGUCCUAGAAUUAUUUCAGCGUGGAAGUACUGGCUUGUCAUGUUUCUUGGGUCUGGGCGAAGGAAUUAUUCUACAGAGGCAGCAAACCUGUUAGCUAAUUUGAAAGCUGACUGGUCACCAUCCAUGGCCUACAUACAGACCUAUAACAGGACAGUCAAUAUGACAGGCGAAAGCGGAGGAGGCAAGCCAAUUGACCAAAUGUUGGAGCAUUACAACUUGAUCAUGAAGAAUGCUAUGUCAUCAGCACCAACAUUUUCGUUUGACCAUGUCAAGGUCAUAUCUAGGACUGCCUUGUUUUUGAUGGAAGCUGCUCACAAGGCAGGGACUGAGCUGUCAUCAACACUAAGUCAAAGGGCUCAUACAACACCCUCAGCUGAGAACGAUGUUUUUUUUAUGAGUGCAGCCAUAAAUGCCAGUGGGGUUGCAGCUCAAGUAGAAGGACGUAAAGGCAAAGUCACCAAGCCAGAUCCAAGAGAGAAAGGACUUGAAAAGUUGGAGCAAGGAUGGUUGAAGGCUUACUUAACUAGGUCAUGUGACAUUGACUCCGAUCUAUCUGAGGACUGUGACUCUCAGGCAGAAUAUGAGCUAGAGCCGGAAGUGCUUAUAGAAGAUGUGGAAUGCUAG